AAUGAAUAAAACAUACCCUUCUACAGAAGUGUGGAUUUAGAUGAAUAAUCAAUUAUAAAAGAAUAUUUAAAACAACAAGAUUAAAGUGUAAGACUUAACUAGCCUAAACUUUGCAUUUGAUGAUUUGGCACUGCUUUAACACUAAUUAAAUCAUUCAAUUAAUUUAUGGAAGACCUCUUAAAUUUCACAAAAUGAUUUUCUAUUAAUAAAUUAAUAGAUCCCUUUUCUUAUAAAUGCAUUGAACUAAAAUUUGUCAACAUUAACAACAAUGUUAAUUUUGGGUAAAUGUUUUUUUUUAUAUAGAUUUAUUCAUUUUAAUGGCUUUUAAACAUUAUGACAAUGUAGGGAAGGUCUUAAUAUAAAAUUUUGGUGUUCCAUAUUUGCUUAAUAGAAUACAAGAUGAAAACUUAGAGGUUUGUUAAAAAUCAUUUAAACUCCUAGGAAUAAUUCCUAAAAAUUAUUUGAAUGAUAUAGAUGCCUUACCCAUAUUAAUCAAUAUAUCUCUAAAGAUAUGCGUUGAUUCUCAUGAAUUUUUUGACAUAAUAAUUGAAAUAGCCAGAUAUACUAAGAGAAAAGCCGUAUUUAUUAUAUUAAAUUAAUUAGCAUUUACAAUUAGUUUGCAAAUACAUUCUUUAAGCAAAUUAUAUCGAUCCUUUAUUUUAUUUAAAGAAAGUAGUAUACUUAAUUCAUAAAUCCCCAGUUAAGGAAGAAGUAUCAAAAAUAUUUUUAGAAUAUUAAAUUUUAGUUGUUUUAAGAAAAAUUAAGAAAAGUUUAUCAUCUAAUAAUGAAUAGAUAUAUUUCUAUUGUAUCAAUCUGAUAUCAAUACUAAAGGAGCAUUCACAAUAAUCAAAAGAAUUCAUUUCAGAUCAAAUAUUGGAUUUUUUUCAUGUAAGUGUAGAUAAACAUAAUUAUACUUUUACUGAGAUAUAUUCUAAAAGUCUAUGUUAGUUAAUAUCUCAUGAUUCUAAUCUAAUCAAAGAAAUUAUCAAAAAUCAAUAAAUUAUGCAAAAUCUUUUGAAUUUUUAUGAUUAGAAAGCUAUUGUCAAUUUUAUCUUAUUUUUUAACAGACUUAUAGAAUUAGAUUUAGAGUUUGAAAUUAAAUAUUUAAUAAAAAAAGGAGUAUUGUCUAAAUAUUACUGUCAAUUAAAUCCAUAUAAUCUUGGUUUACAUUAAACUCUAUUAGGGAUAUAAUAACUUUUAAAAAAAGGUAAAAAAAUUCAUAAAACUUAGGAUAUAUUAAAGAUAAUUUGAAUUUAUUACAGAAAAAAGUUAGAAAUAGUUCUGCUAAAAAUUAGGAGGAUAAAAAUUUGUAAUUGGAAAUAAUUAGACUAAUUUAAUAAGAAAAGUAGUGA